UUUUCAAAAUCGACCGUCGGCAGUAAUAGUUAAUGGCAUAAAAUGGAUCGUGGAAGCCGGGCGAGCGUCAGGCUCCCACAGGGGAUGGGACGCCUACAAGCUUACAAAGAACAAACGUUCCCGCCGAGUGACAGUCUCUCUCUCGCCCCUUUUUCUGUUGAAGAACCCUAGGGUUUUGGGCUGUAGUUCGGAUUGAAGCUUUGUUGCGAUGGCGGAGACAAGAAGGAAACCUCUGGUUCUCUCUUCAACCAAGGCUCUCCUCGAUUCCGUACUCGGCAAAUCGGGACUUGGCGCAGCUGAUGGAACUAGCGGGACUCUCCUCUCCGGCAACUGCACACCGCCGGAUAUGCGGUUGUUGGCGGGAAUUCUCCGGUUCUCGAAGGUCCAAGAGGUCCUUUCGAAUCCCAAGCUGGCUUCUCUCGACGACUCUGCCUUGGUCGGCCUCUCAACGUCUGUCCUCAAGAGACUUUCGAUAACUUCGGGCUCGCUGGUGCUUGUUAAGAAUGUUGAGACAAGGACACAGAGAAUUGGCCAGGUUGUUGUUUUAGAUCCUCCCAUGACUGAUGGCGAUGAAUUCAUCCCAUCAGAUGUUGAAGUACGAUUCAACAAAACUCCCCGAGCACUGCUUGUUCUACCUUCUUACAGUUUUUCUCAAAAGAACCACAUGCCAUUGGAUACUGAAGUUGCCUAUUUAUGCCCUCUCUUAGCUUUUAACCUUGACUUGCAUGUAUCAUGCUUGAUGUCUCUUGUCCAUCAAGGGAGAGAAGCUUUGGGAUCCUUCUUUGAAUCUAAAUCUAACGAGGAGACGUGCAGUGAAGGGAGCAAGGCCUCUGGAAUUAGUAUAGAAUUGGAAGGUUUGGCUCAUUUGCCAAAAUAUGCUUCGCACUUGAGGGCUUCUUUUGUGAAGAUACCAGAAUGUGGUACCCUAGAUUCUCUUAAAGGACAUUCCUCUAUUGAGGCUGAAGAUCGACAAGAAUUGAUUGAUUUGGCUUUGCACAACUACUUUGAAGUAGAUAGAUAUCUUGCCAAAGAUGAUCUUUUCAGUAUUAACAUAAAUUGGAAUUGCAAAUCAGUUAUCUGCAUCCCUUGCAGCCAAAGGAUGCAAAAUAGUAAUGAUGAUAUUAUCUACUUCAAGGUUGUGGCCAUGGAACCAUCAGAAGAACCCAUACUUCGAGUUAACCGCACUCAAACUGCCCUUGUGCUUGGAGGAAGUGUCCCUUCUGCUCUUCCCCCUGACUUACUGAUUUCUGGACCGAACAUAUUUGUACCUGUACAAAGGGAUGUAGUAAAGGUUUUAGCCACCAUUCUUACACCACCUUUGUGUCCAUCAGCACUUUCUUCGAAGUUCAGAGUUGCAGUUCUCUUAUUUGGUUUGUCAGGGUGUGGAAAGAGGACUGUCGUUCGACAUGUUGCUCGUAGGUUGGGCCUUCAUGUAGUUGAAUACAGCUGUCAUAAUAUAAUGGCAUCCUCGGAAAGAAGAACAUCUGCUGCACUUGCUCAAGCAUUCAAUACAGCGCACAGAUAUUCACCUGCAAUACUUCUUCUCCGCCAUUUUGAUGUUUUUCGAGAUUUGGUCUCUCAUGAGGGUUCAGCAGCUGAUCAAGUUGGGAUUACCUCUGAAGUGGCAUCUGUUAUUAAGGAAUUCACUGACCCAGUUACUGAGGAUGAAGAAAUUUUUUCUGAAGAAAAAUCAAAUGGUGAUUUUCAUGUCAAUGAAGUCAAAAAGAUACUCAGUCAUCAGGUGUUGUUAGUUGCUGCUGCUGACAGUUCUGAAGGUCUACCACCGACCAUUAGGCGUUGCUUCAGCCAUGAGAUAAGGAUGGAUGCUUUGACUGAAGAGCAAAGAGUUGAAAUGCUCUCCCAAUCACUGCAAAGUAUUUCUGAACUCCUCCCAAAUACUGAUUCAGAGGAUUUUAUAAAGGACAUAGUUGGGCAGACAUCUGGUUUCAUGCCUAGGGAUAUGCGGGCUUUGGUUGCUGAUAUUGGUGCCAGUCUGGUUUCAAGGCACAUUAUUCAAAAUAACAAAGUUGAGCCUGGAAACUUGGAUAGUCCUGGAAAGAUCACACCAUCACAGGAUACUACGCCCUGCAAGGAUGCACCUCAGGUUAUGGGGAAGGAAGACCUGUCCAAAGCGUUGGAACGAUCAAAGAAAAGGAAUGCAUCAGCACUGGGUGCUCCGAAGGUUCCCAACAUCAAAUGGGAAGAUGUUGGUGGGCUUGAGGAUGCAAAGAAAACAAUUUUGGAUACUAUUCAGCUACCUCUCCUGCAUAAGGAUUUGUUUUCGUCUGGGUUGCGUAAGCGUUCUGGUCUUCUUCUUUAUGGUCCUCCUGGAACAGGGAAAACAUUAUUGGCAAAAGCUGUUGCAACGGAGUGCUCCCUGAAUUUUCUCAGUGUAAAAGGGCCUGAACUGAUCAACAUGUACAUUGGAGAAUCGGAGAAAAAUAUUAGGGACAUUUUCCAGAAGGCCAGAUCUGCACGACCUUGUGUUAUUUUCUUUGAUGAACUGGAUUCUCUUGCUCCUGCUCGGGGCGCAUCUGGGGAUUCUGGGGGUGUUAUGGACAGAGUUGUUUCCCAGAUGCUUGCAGAGAUAGAUGGACUUAAUGAUUCUACACAGGACUUAUUUAUAAUUGGAGCAAGCAAUAGACCAGACCUUAUUGACCCAGCACUUCUACGGCCUGGUCGAUUCGACAAGCUGCUAUAUGUUGGAGUCAAUGCUGACGCAUCUUAUAGGGAGCGGGUCCUUACGGCACUUACCCGGAAAUUUAAAUUGCAUAAAGAUGUAUCCCUUUACUUGAUAGCAAAGAAAUGCCCCCCAAACUUCACUGGUGCAGAUAUGUAUGCCCUUUGUGCAGAUGCUUGGUUUCAUGCUGCAAAGCGCAAGGCUUUAAGUUCUGAGUCAAGUUCUUCCCAUACGGAUGAUCAAGCUGACUCUGUUGUCGUUGAAUACGAUGAUUUUGUGAAGGUUCUUGGAGAGCUUGCCCCCUCCCUAUCUAUGGCAGAGCUUAGGAAGUAUGAAUUGCUGAAAGAUCGGAUCGAAGGAGCUUCGAGAUGAAAAUUUGAUUGAGGACUUGUAAAUUGUUUGUCCCUCACGUGAGCUGCUAUCAUAUACUUAGUAUCUGUAAGAAUGGACGGAGCUUUAAAUUAUUCUCAUAAAAAAGAACUAUAUAUUAUUCACUUGGGAAAAGGGUAUUUUUGUAUUUUUCUUAAAGACCAAUAAUUAUUCAUGUUUAGGAUAACUUUAUGUCUGUCCUGUCCAAACAUGAUGUACGCUUUUCUUGGAUUAACCAUUUAACUUCAUAGAUGAUAUUCUAAGGACCUGUUUGUAUCUCUAGGAAAUUAUUUUUCUUUGCUUCUAUAAAUAGUAAUAGUUUUGACUC